UUUUCUUAAAGGCCGUUCAGCUGCCGACACUGUCAAAAUACUCAGAUGAGAAAUAUAGGAUGCUUUCGGGUCUAGUUAACAACUCUGGGAGUGAGGCGGAAAGAAAAGGCUUCCAACCACUCAGACAUAGGGGUGUCUAGUUCAAGUGUCUCCCUACUCCUAGGUCCUCCAGUUUCUUUUUUCUUAUUUCUUAGAACGGAUGAAGUAAACGCAGAAAAUAGGGUCUAAGCCUAUUAAAGAUGUGCUCCCAGCGGCAGGCCCUAGGACAGAAAUCUUAGGGUAUAAAGUACAUCGGCGAGAAUGGAGUCCUGGUUCUUUAAGGGGGCGUGCCAAUGGGGGCGGAGUCUAGAGCGGAAGUUGUAAAUCAGAUCCGAAGUCCGGCUAAUGAAGGGCGGAAGUAGAGUGUUUAGUGCUGCAAUCAUGGCGCAGGAAGAGGAAGAUAUUCGAGAUUACAAUUUGACUGAAGAGCAGAAGGCGAGAAAGGCCAAGUAUCCUCCAGCCAUUCGGAAGUACGAGUAUUUGGAUCAUACAGCAGAUGUCCAGUUACAUGCGUGGGGAGAUACUCUGGAGGAAGCAUUUGAACAAUGUGCAAUGGCCAUGUUUGGUUACAUGACAGAUACUGGGACUGUGGAGCCCCUGCAAACAGUAGAAGUAGAAACCCAAGGAGAUGACUUACAGUCUCUGCUGUUUCACUUUUUGGAUGAGUGGCUUUAUAAGUUCAGUGCUGAUGAAUUCUUCAUACCCCGGGAAGUGAAAGUACUUCAAAUUGAUCAAAGAAAUUUCAAAUUACGGUCAAUUGGGUGGGGAGAAGAAUUUUCAUUGUCCAAGCACCCUCAGGGAACUGAAGUCAAGGCAAUAACCUACUCAGCAAUGCAGGUCUAUAAUGAAGAGAAGCCAGAAGUUUUUGUGAUCAUUGACAUUUAAGAUACCAAAAAACAAAACAAAACAAAAAUAACCUCCUAAAACUCCCACCUAUGAAGAACUGUUUUUUUCCUCUUCCUUUUCAGAAGAUCCCGUGAUGUAAAUUCUACAGUAUCUGUUGAUACAUGGAGAUUUGCAGAACAGAACUUUUUUAAAAAAGAUUUUAUUUAUUUAUUUGACAGAGAGCGAGAGAGCACAAGCAGGGAGCAGCAGAGAGAGAGGGAGAAGCAGGCUCCCUGCUGAGCAGGGAGGCCAAUGCGGGGCUCGAUCCCAGGACCCCGGGAUCAUGACCUGAGCAGAAGGCAGCUGCUUAACGACUGAGCCACCCAGUCGCCCCAAUUUUCUAUAUAUACAUUAAGAGAGGUUGUGUUUUAGAUUCCUGUGGGACAGAGCCAUCCUGUAUUCCACUUGAUUUUCUUAGAAGAAAUAAUUAUAGUUUAACAAUUGGGACACUUCUCUAGAAAAAGCUCUGAGUUUCUCUCUCUCACAUUUUUAAAGCACUAAUGUAUGGACACUUUACUGUUUUCCCAUAAGAAAAAUUAAAUACCCUUACAAAUGGGCCCUUCCAACAUGUAAUUUUAUAUUAAAGCCAGUAUGUUUAUACAUUUAAAGAAGAAAAUAAUCAUUUUAACAUUUCUUUUUUUUUUUAAUUACCUAAGAUCUUUGUUGUGGGAAAACCAUGUUAAAAUGAUCUGAACUUUUCAAAGGAGGUAACUUAAAAAAAAAAAACUUCUUUUGUUUGAUUUGCAACGUUAUUCUAGUCUCUAUUCAUUGAUUGAGGUAUUCUUUGUUGCCACGACAAGAGUUUGCAAAGUUGCUAUUUAUUCACACAUAGAUGAGAAAAGAUUGCCACUGGGUGGUGCCAAAUAUCAUUAUAGCAUGCUAAACUUGACCUAAAAGGAAGAGAUUGUCUGUGAGCUUCCUAAGUAUUCUAAGCACUGUAAUAUUCUUCUCUGGGUAUUUAACAGAAAGUAGAGGUAAUGGAGACUAGGCCAAGAACCAUGGUUUGAAUAGUAGCUCUUCAAAUGAAUACAUAGCAGGAUAGUUGGGGUGGUGCUUCUUAGCCUUUUUUAUUGUUAGGCACAUUUUGUAAAUUUGAAUUGUGGUCCUCCAAGCAAAAACUGUCUAUAAGAACCUCUUAACCUUUUGUUAGGAUGAAUUUCCAGGCAGACAUAGGGCUUUUUUUUUUUUCUUUUCCAUGGACUCCUUUGAAUAUCAUGGGCUGUUUGGGGCAUUGAUUGUGAAAAUGUGCACUGGAAUACUGUGAGUCUAAUGGAAGAGCUGAAUCCAGAAUAGGAAGAGCUCUUGGGAUAUAUUAAGCCAAGCAGGGUACAAACUUGACUAGGAGAAAAAGAAUAGCUACACCUCUUACCACCAGUGUUAUAUAAUGGGGUUCAGAAAGAGCAAGUCAGUUGUAAUUAUGCAAUACAAAUUAUACUUCUUUUCAUUUAUAGUAAAUUUAUAAUUUGUUAAAUUUUGUGUGAAUUCUAAAAUGUGUUUUGGGAUGCUGCGUGGCUCAGUUGGUUAAGCAUCUGCCUUCAUCUCAGGUCAUGAUCCCAGGACCCUAGGAUUGAGUCCCGCAUAGGGCUCCUUGCUCAGUGGGAGCCAGCUUCUCCCUCUGCUUGCCAGUCCCCCUGCUUGUGCGAUCUCUCUCUCUCUGACAAAUAAAUAAAAUCUUAAAAAAAAAAAAAGUUUGUAUUUUUAAACAUGCCAAAAUGAAGAUACUGAGUAGAAGGAAAAUGAGUAUGUUGCCCUUUGUAUGUGAAGUUGGCAUUCUUGACUUACCAGCAACACACACUUUAUUUUUGUUUAUUUACUGAGAUGGUUGCACCAGGCUCUCACCAGACUCUAAUACUAGAGUCGGGUAUGUGUCUUGGGCUAGGAAACACGUCUUUCCCCUUUGGAAAGCAAUUCCCCCACCCUAUAACAUACCCACUCAUCUUCACUUCUGUGUCUUAUUCUCCUAUCUGGGCUGUCUUUCCCAUUUCCCAAAACAUGAAUAGCACAUUGACUGCCCAAGGAGUUAGGGGCAUAAUGAGAAUGAACUGUGGGUGUUUAGCUGAGGAUUUAUGCCUCUCAGCUCUUGCCCUUAUUGCCAAAGUGAAUAUAGGCCUAGUGUUGCAGUUUUCAUGAUACUCCAAAAUUGGGAUUUUCAUAUGAAAUCUCCCGAGUUUGGGGGAGGGGGAACACCCCACUAUGGGUCAUCACAGUGGAGUACAAACAAAUUGUGGGUGGGCUGAAUCAAAGCUGGUCAGAAAGCUCUGCUUUAAAGCACAGCUCAAGUCACAUUUUCUCAAACCUUCCCUAACCAUUCCAGCCUUCAGUGGUCUUUAAACUAUGCCUCCUUAUGGGGCACGUGGGUGGCUCAGUUGAUUAGGCGACUGCCUUUGGCUUGGGUCGUGAUCCUGGGGUCCUGGGAUCGAGCCCCAGAUCGGGCUCCUGGCUCGGCGGGGAGCCUGCUUCUCCCUCUCUCUGCCUGCUAUUCCACCUGCUUGUGCUCUCUCUCUGUCAAAUUUAAAAAAAAAUCUUUAAAAAAUAAACUAUGCCUCCUUAGUUAACUUUAAAGCUUUGCAGCCUUAAUUUUAUAAUUGUUCCGUGUUCGCAACCUUGUCCCUCUGAAUUAGAAGGAGCGGUCCCAGGUGGCAUAUAAUAAUAGAUGGUCAGUCACUACCUAAGGUUCCUGGGCUAAGUAAGCAUCUUGGAGCUACAUCAAAUUCAGGCAGAGCCUGCAGGUCAGCUCCUUGAGCAGAUCUACAAGAGUGUAGGAUCCCAAGUCACAAGUCUCAAUCUCUAGCCUUCAGUCUGCUGUCUGACCAUGGACCUACUUCCUCAUCCAUGUAUUAGUAGUGCUAGUGAUUCCUUAAUUCCUUUCCAAUUCUAAGUUUCUGUGAUCCUGCAUUACUGUAUUUUAAACAACUGAGCUGAGAACAAGAAGGUUUCUGUUACUGAAACUGUUUUUGAUUGUUUAGCCUAAAGGGUCCAUAUCACACCAUCAGCAUGUUCCCAUUCACUCCAAUUAGAUGGCCUUUGUCAUGAGUAUGGCAGUGUGUCCCAUGAUGGCAGUGGCUUUUCAGGAAAGUCAUCGUGACAUGGUGACCUUUUCUCCCUGGUGCCUCUCCCUCCAAGCGGUAUAAGUGGUUUUGUAUCCCUACAGCCACUCUUGCCGAUUCUCUUUCCACCUUGCUAUUACCACUUGGGCUUUGGAAGUAAAUGUUCAAAAAGGGUGGGAAAAGAACAAUUUAUACCCUCCUCAAAGUGGGGCAUGUGCACCCAGUGAACUAGGGUUCUGCCCCCCUCCCCACUUCUGAAGUCUGAGCUUCAGAAGGCUUGAGGAUUUACAGAUUGAGAAUUUUGUUUCUUCAUCUAAGAAACCAGAAAACCGGAAAGGAUGUCCUCCAAAAGCUCCUUCCAGAGCAAACAUCCACAGAAUUUAGUGACUAUAGUACUUUAUCAAUGUUGUUUCCCAUCUAAUGUACUAUGAAUAGCUCUUAUUUUGUUACCUAUGAAAUGAAUAAUGUCAAAUUCUGGACAAAGAAGAAAGUACUCUUAGAAAAAAGGCCAGCAUAUUUAUUUUUGUCAUAAACGCAUAUCCAGGAUUUAUCUGUACAAACUACUUCCCCAAGUGCUUUCAGUAUGUUGUCCAUUUGUCCUUCCAGUAUUUCUUUUUUGUCCUUCCAGUAUUUCUAUAUGUGGUGCAUUUAUCCUUCAUUUUACAAAUAUGGAAAUUAGUAACACCGAAAACUACCUGGCUGUUAAGGGGAAGAUUUGGGACUCUGUUUAUUGUCUUCAUACAACAUCCUUUAAUAUAUAACAAAUCACAUCUAUGUUCUGUUGUUCUUUUGAUCCACCUGUGAGGUUAGUAUAGCAGCUAUUCGUUUUGUAUAUAAGGAAACACUUCAUGUUUGGGUGAUAUUUGUAAGAUACAACCCAAAAGAAGAUGACUGACGGAUUGUGCCAUUUUCUUUGACACUUACUCUAAAAGUUCAAAAGCUAAUGUUAUUUAGCAGAAACUUUUUUUUUUUUUUAGGAUUUAUUUAUUUGAGGUGGGGGAGGAGCAGAGGGGUAGGGAAAGGGACCAGCAGACUGCGCUGAGCGUGGAGCCUGACAUGGGGCUCAGUCUCAUGAGCCUGAGAUCGUGACCUGAGCUGAAACCAAGGGUUGGAUGCUUAACUGACUGAGCCACCCAGGCACCCCAAAAACAUUUGAACUGUAGGAACAGGUUCAUAGGACAAGACAGUAAAGAAGAGUAGAUUUCUAUUGUUUCUUCCCACUGCCAAAUAAAUAUACAACUAUGUGUGUGGUUGGUUGGUUUGUAAGUAGACUCCAUGCUGGGCGUGGAGCCCAAUGCAGGGCUUGAACUCACAACCUGAGAACAAGACCUGAGCUAAGAUCAAGAGUCGGGUGCUUAACUGACUGAGCCACCCAGGUGCCCCAAUGUGUGUGGGGUUUUUUGUUUUUUGUUUUUUAAGAUUUUAUUUAUUUGACAGAGACACAGGGAACACAAGCAAGGGGAGUGAGAGAGGGAGAAGCAGGCUUCCCACUGAGCAAGGAGCCUGAUGUGGGGCUCGAUCCCAACCUGAGCCGAAGGCAGAUGCUUAACAACUGAGCCACUCAGGCAUCCCAACGUGUGCGUUUUUUAAACUGCUUCCAAGUAUAAACGUUGAGGAUGUUAGAGUCGAAUUCCAAUGCUGACCCUGUCAUUCAUGAACUGUAUGACUUUAGGAAAUUUCCUCAGCCUCUUUGAGGCUUAGUCUCCUCAGCUCUGAAAUGGGGAGGAUGACUACUGUCAGACCAGGUUGCUGUGCGAUGCUCUGGUAUUGCUAGGGUAGUGAAGAACCUUAUUUUGUAAAUGAAGAAAAAGUCAUUUUGGAAUUAUACUUGGAGCUGUGGCAUUUAAACGACUGUGCUAACAUUAUUUGGAGGACUUGGGGUGUGUAGCGGUUGAUAGCACAAACUGGCGCCAGAUCACUGGGGGUCAAGUCCUGGUUCUGCCAUU